GACAGCGACGAUGAGUGGACCGUGUUACUGGAGGCGACGGAUCCAUCAGUGGCUCAGCUUAGCACUCCUUUUCUCCUUCUCAAGGAUCCCAACUUCAUGAACAGGGUGUAUCGUCGGCUGCGAGACUGCUGCCCCCCGGUAUCUCUGGAAGCCGUAUCGCGCUUGCGGCCGGCUCUCCGUGUGACGUGUAACCUCCUGUCCUCCGGCUGUGACCCGCAGCUGCUGUCCGACCUCUGUGCAGAACUGCAGAUGCCUCAUUUCCUUCUCCAGCUUAUAGAUCAGUCACUGGAAGCCAACCAACGGCAGUGCUCCUGGGCCGUCUCCUUCCUGUCUGAUCUUUUUGUGCUGCUGAAUUCCUAUUACUGUUUUUGGGGACUUCCGGAAUCUUCCAGAGAGCUGCAGGCGUGCUCCAGUGACUUCCUGCGGGUGCUGGAUGAGCUGCUGUGUAGUCCGGCAGGGACUGAAGAGGGACUGUUGGGGCAGAGCUUGCAGUGUUUGGUGACCCUGAGUGAUGGCACCAGCAGUGGUCGCCCAGAAAACUGUACUCCGCUCUGCCAGGGCCUCGUGUCCCUUCACCCCCGCGUCCUGGACAAGAUGAUGGCGAGAUGCCAGCCCGCAGAGGACAGCGCCAGCCGCUCAUCUUAUCUCUUUACUUGGGCCUUGGCUGCUCUAUGUGAUGUCCCUGCGUCAGCAGAGCAGCGACUACUCCGAAAGCAGGUCUCGCUUUAUGUCUCGGAGAAGCUGCUGCUGGACUCGGGCAGAACUCUUUCUCAUUUUCUCACUGGAUUGGGGCAAGAAUCCAGCAUCCUGAGCCACCUCAAGAUUUUAUAUGCCUGCUGUCAUGCCAGUUCAGAAGUGUGCCAGCACCUGGCGAAGGAUUCCUCUGCGCUGCACAAUAUCAUCAUCAUCUUCAGUGGGGAGGUCGAGCUGUGGGAUGCUUCACGGGUCCAGGCCGCAGAGCUGUCUCUGUUACUCACUUCUCUACUUGCCCUACGCCUGCAGUCUCUUCCGGAUGAGGUGCUGGCUUCAUCAGUGGCGCUGUGUCAUCUGCUCUCCUCGGACGUCCCGUCCCUCCUGGCUGCAGCCACCAUCCUUGCGGUUUCUCUUCAUGAUCGGGGUGAAGCCCUAACGCUGCCACGUGACGCCCUGCUGUCCGUGGUGCGGAGGUCUCUGUCACAGGAGCCUCGGAUGCUCUGCAGCCCGCCCGUGGGCUCCGGAUGGUACGAUUGGACAUUCCGCCUUCUUCUUCAGCAGCUGACCCAGGACCCCCAGCUUUUCCCUGCGGUGUCUGAUGAGGGCGCUGUGCUGUGGCAGAGUGUGUGCUUCCUGCUUCGAUUCUCCAGUUUAACAGCGCCGCUGGAAGGAGACACGCCCCGAGAGGACGAGUUCCAGAAGCCACAAUGGAGACUUCUCUCUGCACAAGGACUUGUGACGUUCCUGCACUUGGCUCUCAUCACCUCCGUUCAGGACCCCAACCAUUUUCUUGGUCUGAUUGGGAGACCUGGAAGUCUUGUAUUGCCUGCUUUAACCUGGCUGGUGCAUCCUGGAUUUCUACAUCAGGUGAUUGAUGUCUGCCAGGCUUCUGGUUGGGACGUUUCUUUGACUCUUUUGGACAUUGUCAAUCUUGUAUCUCAGCUCAUGUGUGUUCCUCUGUCUCUGGAUGUCUCUACUGACGCCAUAACUGGGAUUCUGAGAAGGCUGAGACAAGAAGAAGUGGUUGCUUCUAUCCUUCAGGUGUGUCCAUUGCUCCCAGAAGGUCAGGUGGAGACACCGCUUUGUCUUCUUAGCCGACUUGUCCUCAUGGAGGACGAGUUGUUGGCACAGUGCUGCUCGAAGAUGACUUCUUCAGAGGAUGUGGUGUCGUGGAUGAGACUAGCUGUGUGGUCUGACUCUGACUGUGUGAUCAUUGAGCUCUUGACUCUAUUCAGUCAUUUAAUUCGAGCGUCUCCCACAAACUCCUCGCUGGUUCAGAGAGUUGUAGGAGACUGGGACCAGCUGCUCUGCCAGCACCUUCAGACUGCGAACGCAGAGCUGAGAGCAGCUGCCUGUUCUUUGGCUGGAAACCUCUCACGUCUUGGAGAAUCCCUUUCAGCUGCGCUGGUGGAAAACCUUGUACACUGUCUGUCCGAUCCAGAUAACCGAGUGAGAAGAUCGUCCGCGUUCGCUGUGGGCAAUUGUGCUUUCCAUAAGUCCUAUACUGGAGACAGUGGAUCCUGGGUCUCAGUCGCAGCAUCUCAGUUACUGAUGUUAUUACGGGACCCACAAGCAAAGAUUCGAGUCCAUGCAGCCACGGCACUUGGAAACCUGGGGGCAUUGUUCUGUGAUGGAGCAGAGCUUCCUGCCCUUGUGAUGAAGGUGCCGCAGUCACUGCUUCAGGCAGCUUGUACGGACCAAGAAGAGCCAGUGCGGUUGGCAUCUGUCAUCGCACUUCGCAGCCUCAGUGGCAUUUCUAACAUCUGCCAGCAGCUCUGCGCUCUGAAUGCGGGUACGAAACUGUCGGCAUCUUUGACUAGUGACAAGCGGUUGUCACCCAGGGCUCCCUCCCUCGCUCACCACUGUCAUAGACUGCUCCAGCAACUGGCCUCAGAACCACCCGUGACAGCUGGACCCGCCUCGCCAAAGGAAACUCCAAAAAUAUGUCCCUGAAUAGACUGAGCCACCGUUCCUCCACCCUGGGGGUAGAUGCGAUGAUCAGGAAAUGAAGUCUAUUAUCAGGGGACUUACAUGUAUAUAAUGUGUGUAUAUAAUAAAUGCAGUGCAACACAA